UAAGAGAUCUCAAGGUUUUGGUACCGUUUCACAUAAUUGCUCACAUUCUAAUGUACACGGGGCUUGCGGCCAUUUUCUAUUUUCUCUUUCAAGAUUUGCCGCCCAUAACGGAUCGUAAAUUGGUGGCCGAUCCGUGGCAACUGCCGCUAGUUUUUAGCAUUGUCCUGUACGCUGUCACGUCGGUGGGAGUGAUGCUGGCCAUAGAGUCGAACAUGGAAAAGCCACAAAGCUUUUUAGGCUGUUGUGGUCUCUUGAACUGCUCCACUGCCUUCAUCAUCGUGAUAAAUGUGAUCUUCGGACUGAUUGGCUACUGGCGGUAUGGAGACAAGACCCGAGCGAGCAUCUCCCUUAACCUACCCACGAAUGAGACUAUUUCGCAGUACUCGAAGUUUGCGACGGCUAUGUCGACGUUUCUUACCUAUCCUCUGGCCGGCUUUGUCACCAUAGAUAUCAUCAUGAACCACUAUAUACUGAAGGAUCGCAAGCCGAAGCAUCCCCAUAUGAUCGAGUACACUGUACGCCUUUUGUUCGUACUUCUAGGUACACUCAAUGCCAUGGCCCUCCCCUAUUUGGGUCCCCUAGUAGCGGUGGUCGGUGCAUUCUGUGUAUCUAUAAUCAACCUGAUAUUUCCAGCCAUCAUAGAGUUGUGUUUACGUUAUAAUGUCUCCUAUGGCUUGCUCAAAUGGAGGCUGUAUAAGAACUUCCUCAUGAUCUUGGCCGGCUCUAUUAUACUAUUCUCUGGCACCUAUAGCGCCAUCAGGAUUAUGGUAAGGGAAUAUGGUACAGCAUUCCCGAGAGCUCCAGAUAACGAAUAUAUCGAGCCAAACAUAACAACGCCCGCCGAAUAAACAGCCAGUAGUUUUAUUACUACAAUGCACCUUCUUUAACAUACUAUAGGAUCUGAUUUUUGAACAGAAUAAACUUUGCCUUCACUGUCGUA